AUGGCGGUUCUACGAGAUGGCACCGAACCAAUUCCCAGCCCAGUCCCAGACCAAUUCCAGUUCAAUUCCAGCCCAGUCCAAUCCAGUCCAGUCCAGUGCAGUUCGGCUCAGUUCGUUCCAGUGCAGUGCCCGUCGGAUCCGUCCAUGUCCAGUCCUGUUCCAACGCUCUACUAUGUAUACAGUGAGCAAAGCAAGGCAGGGCAAGACAAGACAAGACAAGACAAAAGACAAGAAAUCAAGCAAGCCAGCAAGCCAGCGGUCAAGCCCAGAAUGCUAAGUAACUGGGGAACAUCAGGGAGGAGAAUUCCGCCUGCCCAAUUCAUCCAUUUUCCGUCCGGACUCCUUUCUGUUGGAGGCAACAACGCACGUGCCCAGACUUUUGUCUUUGGUCUUUUCCCUCAACUUCCCUCCGAAAGAUAA